UCCAUAUUUGAAGAAGGGUCUGGUCGAUUCCCGCGAAACCCUCUGUUUGUGGCACAUUUUGCCAGGGAUUUGAAGAAAUUAUUUGUGGCUUUACGGGCCGACAACUGCAAAAACCUUACCCACGCUUUAUAGAUAUGCCUAAGAGGUCCUGUCCAUUUGCGGAGACAUUCUCCUCGCAGUAUAAAAUCCAUGUAGGUCAGAAGGAACUGAGUAGCCACGGAGUGUUUGGAAACAAGUACCGUCAAGAAAUAUAUGAGAAAACCAAGAAUUUACUUUUCAAUGGGACGAAAGCUGUUAUGGGAACACUGUGGAAAGUGGACGGGGACGAAAAGGCUUGCAAUGGCCAUGCAUUAGAAGAGAACCCGACGCCAAACGGCAACCAUGCGCUGCUAAAAGGACAAACUGUGAUUUCGUUCGACGGCAAGCUGAAAAGGACAUCUGCUGCAUCAGGUGUUCCCUCAGGUGGUGCGUGUGCCCCUACUGGCUGCGGUGUGUGCCAGAAGGCCAGUCCGUCCAAGAUGCGCUGCUCGCAGUGUGAGCGCUCAGUCUGCCCUUCCUGCACCCAGCCCUGCAUCAGCUGCUCCAGCCAAUGCUGCACAUUCUGCAUCACUACGGACUACUCUGACCGCUAUGACAAGGCCUUCUGCAGUGGGUGCAUGUCGUAACUUCCAACUGGAACAGAAGUACGAAGCACCGCUAAACUUUAAAGGACGAUGGAAUAUGCUUGAACUCCUAAAACUGUAAAGAUGCAUUAUAAUCAAGUAUGAACUGACUGUAUUUUUUAUGUAUGCAUGUUUACUUUUUUUUAUAACUGCAAUAAUUCUGUAUGGACGUGUACAUUUGUCUAUUCUGUGGUGUGAAGUGUUUAUAAGUUGUGACUGUGUUGUCUGCAAAGUAUGCAUCCAUUGUGGAAGUCGUCCAGAGUCAUUUUGUUGCAAGGGAGACUGAAAAAUCAACCAUAAAUGUUUUUUAUAGUGUCAUCUAUUGGGACAACUAUCAUCCGUUAGUACUGCUAGAGAGAGAAACGUUAUACCUCUGAACUUCAUCCAAGGCUGAGUUUUAUUUCCUUGUUUGCAAGAGUAGUGCCUUGUGUGUAAGAUGUUUCUGUUUCCUGUGGACUUUCAGUGACUCAUGAAGUGUGCGUGUGUGAGAGAAUGCUUGCAGGGCAAGAUGAUAAAUUCUUGAAUAAUUGGUGUGCCAAAAUUUUAUAUACAUGUUCAAUAAAUUCUUUUUAUCAACUUCA